AUGCCACGCAAUAUCGGAACACAUCCGUUGAGAGUGGCAAACUGUUCUGGUUAUCAUGGCGACCCAGCUUAUGAAAUGCAUCGUCAAGCGACCCUAGGAGACGUCGACUUUAUCACAGGCGAUUACCUAGCAGAGGUCAACCUAGCCAACAAUGCGCAGUCCUGGAGAGCUGGGAAGCAUCCCGGGUAUGAAGAAACUGCCUGGGAGGGCCUGCAACUGACAAUAGAUGUGAUUGCCAAGAAAGGAAUCCGAGUGGUGAUUAACGGCGGAGCGUUGGAUCCCAAGGCACUCGCUAUGAAAACGCAGGCUCUGGUCGCUGAGAAGCAUCUUAAUCUUAGUGUCGCGUAUUUGUCAGGCGAUGACUUAUAUCCCCGUGUUGGACCCAAUAUGCCCACCACCAAGGACGAACUACAGCACCUAGAUUCGGGCAAUCCCUUAGCAGCUCCCUCGGAUCUGACGUUUGCUUUUCUCAACAACGCUAAAAAUGCAGGCCCAACUCCGAUGGUCUCUGCACACGCAUAUCUAGGCGCGCGCGGGAUUGUAGAUGGCCUAAGACGAGGCGCAGAUAUCAUAAUCUGCGGGCGUGUUUCGGAUGCCAGCCCCGUCAUCGCCGCAGCGUGGUUCUGGUAUGACUGGGCCGAAACCGACUAUACUCGACUUGCUGGUGCGCUGAUUGCAGGGCAUCUCAUUGAAUGCUCGGCGUAUGUCACGGGAGGCAAUUUUGCGGGUUUCGACAGGUACCCGUUGGAUAGUCUUGUUGCGCCUGGAUUUCCCAUUGCGGAGAUCUCGGAUGAUGGAACUUGCGUUAUCACUAAGCACCUGGAUACGGGGGGGAUGGUUAAUGUUGAUACCGUUCGCUGCCAGCUUCUGUAUGAGUUGCAGGGAAAUGUCUAUCUCAAUAGCGACGUUAGUGCCUAUAUCGGUGACAUAGUCGUCGAAGAUGCUGGCACAGACCGGGUGCGUGUGUCCAGAGUUCAAGGAUCCCCACCACCCCCGACUACAAAGCUUGCAGUCUUCUACCAAGGGGGUUAUGAGGCUGAAAUCCUUCUUAAUGCGACCGGCUAUUCCACAGCCAAGAAGUGGGAUCUGCUCGAAAAGCAGAUGCGCCAUUUUAUUCCCAAGGCUAUCGCAGCGGAUCUCGAAACUCUCGAGUUCCAAAGAAUCGGAGUACCGAGUCCAAAUCCCUCCUGUCAAACAGAGAGUACGUCCUAUCUCCGCAUUUUCAUCGCAUCUCGCUCCGAGAAAUCCGUGGCAGCUGUAGCGAUGGCCAUAAAAGAUAUAUCCCUAAAGCACUUUUCCGGCUUUCACGCCUCUCUAGAUACCCGUACUGCGGUCCCAAGACCUUUCCUCGCCUUCUAUCCCGCGGUGACUAAACAGUCCGACCUCAACGAGACAAUCAACCUCAUCGACGACCAAAACACGAUCCGCUCCUUCAACACCGGCAACCCGCCGCAAUACGAGGCGCUCAAGCCUCGAGAUAGCUACGACCCUCCAGACACGGAACUAUUCAAUGGCCCCACCAAAGAUAUCCGUCUAGGGGACGUCGCGCUCGCCCGCUCCGGCGACAAAGGGGGAAACCUCAAUUUCGGGAUCUUCGUCACGGACGAAGCAUACUGGCCAUGGCUGCGGUCCUACAUGACCAUCGACCGCAUGCGCGCACUGAUGGGUACAGACUGGCAGGACUCGUUCUGCAUAGAGCGUGUGGAGUUUGCGAAUAUGCAGGCGGUGCAUUUUGUGAUAUAUGGGAUCUUGGGGAGGGGGGUGAGCAGCUCGAGUCGGCUGGAUGGGUUUGGGAAGGGGUUUGCGGAUUAUAUUCGGGAUAAGUCGCUGCAGAAGGAAGAGGAUCGUCUUCGUCUAGAAACCCGCAUGACUCGCGAAGCUGUGGCAACAGCCAUGGCUCGUCUCAACCGCCUCGAACAGCAACAGGAUCUCCUUAAGACCCGUGGUGCUAAGAUGCUCCGCCGCGGUCUAAAGACCCUCGACGAGCUAGAGGAGGUAGAGGAACGCGAGCGGCACGAGGCCGAAGCCCAUGCUCACCUCGCUAGUCCCUCUGUAACUAACCCUAGGAGCGCCGUCCCUAAGCACGACUACUUGUCGGCCCUUUCUCCUGGUUUCUUCGAACGUUAG